CCCUCCCAAUCAUGUGAUUCAGGUGUUCCAAUCCCCUCCAUAUCAUGUGGUUCAGGUGCUCCAAUCCCCUCCACAUCAUGUGGUUCAGGUGCUCCAAUCCCCUCCACAUCAUGUGGUUCAGGUGCUCCAAUCCCCUCCACAUCAUGUGGUUCAGGUGCUCCAAUCCCCUCCACAUCAUGUGGUUCAGGUGCUCCAAUCCCCUCCCCAUCAUGUGGUUCAGGGGCUCCAAUCCCCUCCCCAUCAUGUGGUUCAGGGGCUCCAAUCCCCUCCCCAUCAUGUGGUUCAGGGGCUCCAAUCCCCUCCCCAUCAUGUGGUUCAGGGGCUCCAAUCCCCUCCCCAUCAUGUGGUUCAGGGGCUCCAAU